CACCACGCCUUCUCUCUCUAGGCUGCUUUAGAUGCCAAAAGGGCAAGGGAGUUGGUCAGGUCGAAAAGCGUUUUGAAGUCAUCAUCACUUCCUAGGAAACUGGCUGAUUAAACAAACUCCAUUGGCCAUGCUAAUUCGGUCAAGUAGUGACAUCCAUUUUCAAUCUCUCCAGAGAUUUUUAUAGUUGAAGGAGAUUCUGCUGGUGGCAGUGCGAAACAGGGCCGUGACAGACGUUUUCAGGCAAUUCUUCCUUUGAGGGGUAAAAUUUUGAACAUUGAAAGAAAGGAUGAAGCAGCCAUGUAUAAGAAUGAAGAAAUUCAAAAUCUAAUUCUUGGCCUUGGCCUCGGUGUGAAGGGAGAAGAAUUUAUGAAAGAAAAUUUGCGGUACCAUAAGAUAAUCAUCUUAACAGAUGCAGAUGUUGAUGGUGCACAUAUACGGACACUUCUGUUGACAUUUUUCUUCAGAUAUCAGAGAGCCUUGUUUGAUGCGGGUUGCAUUUAUGUCGGCGUUCCACCUCUAUUCAAGGUUGAAAGGGGGAAACAUGCUCAAUAUUGCUAUGAUGACGCUGACCUUAAAAAGAUCACCGCCAAUUUCCCUGCAAACGCAUCCUACACCAUUCAAAGGUUCAAAGGUUUGGGAGAGAUGAUGCCUGAGCAGCUUUGGGAAACAACAAUGAAUCCAGAAACAAGGAUAUUGAAGCAAUUAGUUGUUGAGGAUAUAGCAGAAGCAAACAUGACAUUUUCAUCACUUAUGGGUUUAGUAUAAUAUGUAUUAAUAUUU